CAUCUACGGCAUCUUUUGUCAACACCAGCAGUGGCUGCGCAAUCUUCUGCAGCAGCAGCAGCAGCAGCUACGGCAAAGUUCGGAGCGGAGAACCAGACAUGCACAGUUCCCAUUCGUAAUGGUUUUGAGAAGGGUUUCCAAUUUCCGGUAACGCUGUAUGUUUCACCGGUUUGAUAUUGAAGCUAAUGUCGGGAAAAUGAUUGCAGAAGCAUAAGAUUUAGCUGUGUCAUGAACUGUAUUGCAUGUAGCAGGGUCGAAUAGGGUUUUAUGCUAUUGUAAUAGAAAGUAAUACCCAGUAAUGGCAUACAAGCAUGUGCAAAAGUUUAUUUCCUUGGCAAAUUGUGCUAGCACGAGAAAGGGUAUGAUCCAUUUGAAUGUGAUGUUGUAUCACUGUAGAAGCGAACCCAGUGAAGAGAAACUGUCAUAUGAAUGGUAUGAAAAGGCAUUUCCUAAGAUGAAAAAAUUGAGCUAUUUGUUGAAAGACGUGGAUUUGAUUGAUGGAUGCCUGGUUAACAUAAAGGAUGAUUCAAUGAUUUUUGAUCCUCAUAUUCAGCAGAAAAUGCAUACUUUCAAAUCAAUUGUCAGGGUGUUUAUCGGGUCUCCAUUACUCCAGCAAAUACUACAGAAGGAUGCUGUGGUAUUUUCAGAUGGUGCAAAAAACAACAUUAUUUCUUCCUUCAGUAAACCUUGUGAAAGAGAGCCCAUGGUUGUUAAUUCUCUAAACAAGGUGGCAGACUUCCUUAACAUUUCUUCUCAAAAAAGAAAAUUGGUGCGGGCAACAGUAUCUCCACAGGUCACGCAGCAUCGCAUAUGGUCAGGAGCGCUUAUGGAGAUUUUAAAUGGGUUGAAAGCAGAGAUGGAUUGUUUAAAUUACGGAUAUUCAGAUGAGGGGUCAAAUAUGGCUCAGCAGAUUGUUUCUGGUUGUCUGAAAUUCUUAGCUGAAAAUGACAUUGGCCAUGAUCCUGACUCAACUUCAUGGAUGCGGCUAACACCUAGUAAAGUUUUUGACUAUUCUGCUUCAUCUAAAUGGGAAGAUGUUCUUGAUAUGUUCAAUGAUCUUAUUGUCUGCUUAGAGGGUGAAAUGGGACUGUUCUAUCAUGUAGCCAAACUUAAGGUCAUGAAAGAAGGGCUGUCUCAAAUUAAGGGCAUUAUGGUUGAGAAAGGUAUUGGAUACAAGGAUGCUCGGUAUCAAGGGAUCCUGGUACGAAAGAAGCUCUCCAAGACAUUGGGUCACUCAUCCCGAUGCUUAUUCACCCUUCUGCUGUAUUACCUCUAUGGAUGUGUGAGAGAUAUCGAAGUGGAUGUAUGUGGCAGUAUUUAUGGGUGUGGCAACGAGGAUAGGUUUUCAUUGUGCAUGGGAAGAAUUUUGACGUCAGAAGAUGAUAAGAUGCUCUGGGGUGGGGUGAAGCAGUUGAGCAGGGCUCUACAACUAUUCAAGUUCGUGUGGGAAACAGCUGAAAUGAAAGGGGCUCUGGACUUGCAAGGCCACUUAUGGUGCGUGGGGGCUGAAGAACGAUCUGUCACCUACAGAGGAACUACUUUCUUUGUGCAUGGAAUCAAUAUUUGAACUUGGUUUCCCAUGAUAUGAGCUUGACAUUUGGAUGCUGUACAAUGGCGUGAUAUCAUGCAGUGGUCACUGCAGAAGGGUCCUAUUUCAACUUUCAAAUGAUGAAGAAAAUCCGUAUAUUCCCAAGGGAAGCGAUUUUGUUGUAUCGUCUUGAGAAACAAGUCGGAUAAAGUUAUCAUCAUUUCCAGGGAGCAUUGUUGGACUUGGUAAGAACUAGUUAUCUGCCAUCAAAGCAUCCGCCAAGGAUGAGAUUGCAGCGUUUGGGAAGACGGAAUUUGACGGGUCGGAAAAAAGGCUGGGGGGAGGUUUCAACCGGCUGCGUCGAAGAAUAUGUUUUUAACAUCAAAUUCCAGAGUUUGAUAUAGAUGACAAAUCAGAAAUCCUUCUUCGGAAUCUCGCGGCCUAUGAGUGGGCUCACGAUUGUGAGGAGACUUGCUUAAAUCAUCAUUUUUGCCGCCAUUGAUUCCCUGUCGAUACUGACAAUGAUGUACCUUGGAAGAGACCAUUGCAGAACCAAAAGUCCUCUCCCCAACCCUUCACCAACAACUAGUUAACUACUCCCCUUACCAUUGACUGCGAUAUCCGGACAUGGGAGCCCCUUCCAGCUCACAACAGCUUUCAAUAAGUGGUCCAACUUAUUACCCCAUUCAGCUUUGUAAUGUAGAUAUUGAAGAACACUACUCCGAGCAGGAGAGGAGGAACUAGUGGUUCCAAUGCUGAUGGAUCUUUAUGAGUAAAUAAAGCAUUGACAAGAAGAAUGUGUAAAAAUUGAGGAGUGUUGAUUGAUUGAAAAAUCAGUCAAAUAUCGGAGAGAAAAAUGUCAGCAUGUCGUUCAACUUA